ACAAGGAUAACAUCAGGUCGGUGUUUCAGUGAUCUGGCGACCUUAUCCAAAGUCAUUGUCUAGGAGCUAGGACGCACGUUAAUUCGCUUGAGAGGCAGGUUAGGGAAAUGCCAAAAAUAAUUAGAGAAAAGGCUUAUGUGGUAUACGUACUAGUAUAAAUAAUGACACAAGAGGCAGACUGCCAAGGUCAGUCACAUAGUGCAUUACGUAACGUUUUCUAUCCCUUGUCUGAAGUACUAGUAGUACCUUGUUUAGCACGGGACCCUCUUUAGGUUUGGCUAGAUUGAUUACGACACAACAAUAUCCUGCAAAUUCUCUGGGCCAAGCAACCCCAUGGUUCCCUUUCUUACAGUUGUAGCAUGUGUCCCUUUCGGAUCUUGGUGACACUGCCCACCUUGUCACGACGGCAUCACACAUGAACCCGGACGGCACCGCGCGCCACAAAUGUGCAGUUUGCGUGGCUUGCUCCGUCCCUCUCGUUAGUUGCCCUGCUCUAGUGGGAUUCAUGAUAAUCUCACUACGGUUUGAUCAAGAUGUCUACCUUGAAUUAUUGAUUGCGCCGUGAACUGUUGAAGGUGCAAGAGUAGGAUGAAUCAGGUUAGCGAGGAGCCAAGGGAUGAUCCGUCCAAGAGGGUGAGCGGGGCCGCGCCGGCGGCGGCACGCGCCGGCUGCUUCGACUGCAACAUCUGCCUGGACUUCGCGGUGGAGCCGGUGGUCACCCUCUGCGGCCAUCUCUACUGCUGGCCUUGCAUCUACGAGUGGCUGCGCCGCGACGCCGCCGGCGGCACCAUCUCGACGGCAGGGCGGCCGUGCCCCGUGUGCAAGGCCGCGCUCACGCUGGACUCGCUCGUGCCGCUCUACGGCCGUGGCGGCAGCCGGUCCGGCAAGUCACGGCUCCGCCCGGCCCUUCCGCGCCGGCCGACCGUGCACCGGGGAGCCGUCGAGCAACAGAGCGCGCGAACCAGCGGUGGCAGUAGCCACCGGCGUGUGAUCAUGGAACCCGAUUCGCCGACUCGUUCAUCCCGACACGCGCGUGUCGGUGCCGCGCAGUUCGACAUCCUGUACCCUCCUCCCGCCCUGGGGCGCGGAAUGAAUGCGAUGAACUCGACGACCGGCGGGGUGCUCGGCGGGAUGGCCCUGGCGUUGCUCCCCUGGGUGUUCGGUGGCCAGGCGCCGGCGCCGAGCUACCCCCUGGGCGAGCUGCAAAACCUGGGCCCUAGGCUGAGGCGGCAGCACAUGGAGGUGGAGAGGUCUUUGCAUCAGUUAUUGUUCUUCCUCUUUGUGUUCGUAGUGCUGUGCCUGCUCUUGUUCUGAUCUCCCGGAGGACAUUCGUGCAGCUUCUGUACAUAUAGCGUGUGGUGUACAUAGUAAAAUUCUAAAAGAGGUCAUGUGUUAGCACUAUUAACAAAAUGUCCAGCCUAUCUGCCUGUGUGACAAGUUGCGAUCAUACAAGAGCAAACAACUCCUGUAGUGUCAUACGUGCCUCAGUACUCACAGGAACCGAGGGAGCCCUCUUUUUUUUUUACUUGAAACCGACGGAGUCCUUUCCUGGAAAAACACAAAGGAUGCAUUGUUGAAAAGAAA